AUGGAAGAUACGAAUACAAAUUUUUUUUUCGAUAUGCUUGAUAUGAUUGACAGUUAUGACAAUGCAAAAUUAAAAGAUGAAUUAAAAGGAAAAAAUAAUACUAAUGAAAAAGUAACAGAAACGAAUAUAAGUAAAAACAAAACGGAAGUAUUGAAUAAUAAUGUUUGUAUUUCCGGAGACAUUAAAAAAUCAAGGAAACAAAAUGAAAUUAAAAGUUUUCCUGAAGUAAAUGAAACGAAACAUGAAGUAAUAUAUGAAUCAAAAAAAAAUAAUAAUAAUUUUUUGCGUAAAACCAAAUUUAAUGAUAACGAAAAUAAACUCAAAAAGAGAGGAAAAAUAAAAAAAAGAGUAGAGAAGGUUUUAAAUAGAAAAAUAUCAAAAAAUUGUAAUUUAAAUGUUUUAUCCAAUGAAGAAAGCUUAAAUAAUGAAACACUAAAUCAAAAAGCACCUAAUGAAAAUAUUUCAGAUAUCUUUUUAUAUGAUAACAAAAUAUCAAAUGAAGAAAUGCUAAAUAAUAAAAAUGAUUUAGAUACAAAAUGUAAUUUUGAAAAUUGUAGAGAUUAUAAUAAUAAUAAUAAUGCAAGUCUAAAUGAGAUAUAUAAAGUGGAUAAAGAUAUAUUUUCAAAUUCUCUUGAAUGUAAAAGUUGUAAAAAUUACUUGAAAGAAUUAACUAGUAAAAAUUACAUGAGUUUUUCAAUAUAUGGUGAAUAUAUAAAUGAUGGAGAGAAUAAUUUGCUUUUACUAAAAAAUAAGAAGAUUGAGGAAUUAGAAAAUAAAAAUAAAUUGAUUCUACACAAAAUGGAAAUUUUAAGAAGAAAAAACUCAUUUCUAAAUGAUAAGAUAAAAAAUUUUAGUACUAGUUUAAAUGAUCUGAAUUUGAAUUUUAAAAAGUUAGUAAAAGAAAAUAACGUAUUGAAAGAAAUAAAUAAAAAUUUAAGUGAAGAAUUGGAAAAAGAGAAAUCUUCGAAUCUUAAAAAAAAAAAAAAUAUUAACAAAGAAUCACCUUAUUGCAAAAAAUCCUUAGAAAGAGAGUUUGAAGAUUCAAUAGAUAAGGAAAUUUUUAAUGAAUAUUAUUAA